UUUUAAACGUGUUUUAUAAUUAUUUCCAGUAUAUACUGAUGUUGUAGUGUAUGAUUUUUGGUAUUACGCCUAAGUGGCGCAGGGCGCCUGUGAUUAUACUUUUAUGUUACAUUUUUGCAUAUUUUAAUAAUUUAGUCCACUGUAUACACCUGAUUCCCUCCUACAAACUCAGUUUUGUAGGAUAUAAAUUCAUAAAUAAGCCCAGAAUUCCUUCUGAAAUUAGGAAUUUUGAGCCUUUAAUUUCGUUACCCAAACACACUGAGAAUUCAUUUAGCCUAAGUUCUUCCUUCACCCUGAAUUCUUCGUUUAGGCUAAAUUCUUUUUUUACUGAUAAUUUGUUCAAUAGACCGUUUUCCCCCAAGAAUCUGUUUAAAUCGUUUUUUUCUAAUAUUUUCCCUAGCAAAUUUUUUUCCUCUAGUAAUUUGUUCAAUAAGUCCUUUUUUACCAGUGACUCUGCCAAGUCUUGUAAAAAUAAAUCUCCACUAGCCAAUUUUUGGUCCUCACUAAAGUCAUACUUGACUAGUAAAUUCUCAUCGGUAAAGGGGACCAAAGUCUCCGCAGCGCCUAAAAGGUUCACCAGGUCAGAACCUUACCCAAGGAAUGAUCUCUCAGAACAUCAUACAAGGAAUGACCUCUCAGAACAUCAUACAAGGAAUGACCUCACAGAACCUCAUACAAGGAACGGUGAACUCUCAGACCCAUAUCCAAGGAACAAUGACCUCAGGCACUUGUCAUUCUUUGAGUUUUUCGAUAACCCACCGGAUAAAGUUGGCGACUACAAGAUCCGGAAGGAGUUUAACGAGUCCAUGACGCAGGAGUCGCCGUACAUGGAACUGGUACGGACAGGCCCCUCUGGCAUAAUUAAAAAGUUUCUGAAAAUCGCACCUUCCAUGGUCAAAGACGCCAUAAGCCUCACUGUAUCCACACUCAUCGGCUCUUUCUACAGGUACAGCGCUGAGACCACUAUUAUCACCACAACUGACCGUCUUGCCGCUCUAAUACUUAACCUUCAAAUUACCGGGUACAUCUACUGCAAUGCCGAACAAAGGUAUAGAUUAUCAACACUAUACAAUUUAAACCCUUCCACAUCUCCAAUCAGUUCUCUCAAUAGUCAAACUAAUAUUGGCCAACCCAAUGUUAAUCAAACUAAUACUAAUCAACCCAAUGUUAAUCAAGUUAACAUUGGUCAAUGUGAGCAAAAGGAGGAUUUUGAGGGUUUGAGUGUGGGUGAUGAGCUUCUGAGUUACGUUAGGAGGCUUCCUCGGAGUUACAUAAAUGGCAUUUUCGACAACAUGAACCCGGAGAUUUUAUAUGCCAUGAGGUACUCUACUGAGAACGCCAUUCAGCUUUUAACUGUCUUGAACCAUAACUACCUCGACGUCAAAGACCACCAAAAGCUCAUCAUACAGCAAACCGGCUCCUUUGCCAUGCAACUCUGCUUCUGGAAACUCGCUCUCGGGUACUGCAUGCGACACCAAGAAACCAAAAUCGAACUCACCAAGUCACUCAAUUCCCAUUAAAUCACUCAACUCCCACUAAUCUUGUGAAUAUUAUUAUUGUGAUA